CCGGAGCAGGGAGCGCUCUUCCAGACUUUGUGUGUGUGUGUGUGAGAGAGAGAGAGAGAGAGAGAGAGAGAGAGAGAGAGUAAAAGCGCAAUCCCUCGGCCCCCAUUUCGUUUGGUUGCUGGAGAAGGACUCGACGACAUCGCACGCCCAAAACCUCUCUUCUUCUCUUUGCUUUCGCCUCGACGAUAGCUUCUGCGGCGGUGACGUCUUCCAUGAGUCCUUCGAAGAGACCCAUCGACUCGGCCGACGGCGAAGGGUCGCCGGUUACGGCCAAGAAGCAGAAGCAUGAGCCCGAAGAAUUCGAGCCAAGGAGUCAUCAACUCGCGGUAUACGAAGUGGCACUUCGGACGAACACGAUCGCCGUGCUGGAGACAGGUUCGGGGAAGACUAUGAUUUCCGUUAUGCUAGUAAAGCAUUUCGGGGAGGAGUUGAAGAAGCGCGGAGACCAGCGGCUCAUUCUCUUUCUUGCCCCCACCGUUCACCUCGUCGUUCAGCAAUACGAAACAAUAAAGGUUCACACCGAUGUUGACGUACAAUAUUGCUGUGGAGCCAAGGCGGUGGAUGCGUGGAGCAUUGCCUCCUGGCAGAAGGAAGUCUCCACUUACCAAGUAAUGGUCAUGACUCCACAAAUUUUGUUAGAUGUUCUGAGGAAAGGUUUCCUCAAUCUUGAUAUGGUCCACCUGAUGGUAAUUGAUGAGUGUCAUCAUGCAUUGGGCGACCAUCCCUACAAUAAAUUGAUGAAGGAGUUUUAUCACAAGUCUGUGCUGAAACCACAUAUAUUUGGAAUGACUGCAUCGCCUAUCUUGAGGAAAGGCAUAUCAUCAACUGCUGAUUGUGAAGGCCAACUAUCGGAGCUUGAGGCUAUACUAGAUUCCAAGAUUUGUACAGUGGCAGAUAGAAGUGAGAUAAACAUGUUUGUUCCUUCAGCUAAAGAAGUAAACAGAUAUUAUGAUGCCAAGCUGUUCAUACAUGAAGAAUUGAAAACAAAGUUGAGGUUAUUGUUGGAUAAGUAUGAUGCAUCACUUGUUCAGUUGGGAAAAUCAUCACUGGAUAAUUACAAUGACACUGCUGACAUCAUCAAGGCUCCAAAAAAGGAUCUGUCUAGUUAUUACGAUAAGAUCUGCCACUGCAUGGAUGAGCUAGGCCUGGUCUGUGCUAUUGAGGCUACUAAGAUCUGUAUAGAUGCUGUAAGUUCUUCAAAUUCUACUGAUCGUCACGACUUUGUCAUGGUGAAUGUAGCUCAGUGCAAAUCUUUUCUUGAGGAAGUAUUGCAAAAACUUGCAGAAAGAUUGCCAGCAGAUUUUGAACUACUUUUGAAGACUGAAAAUGAUUGUGCAGCGGCUGUACAAAAGGGUUACAUCUCUUCAAAGCUAUAUGAACUUAUUCAAAUCAUUCGGUCUCUUGGGAUGCCCAGCCAAGUAGUCUGCCUCAUCUUUGUUGAAAGAAAUAUUACUGCUAAAGUUUUGGAAAGGUUUAUUAAGAAAGUUUGUUUUUUAUCACAUUUCACUGUGUCAUACUUGGCUGGAGGGUCUUCUUCAGUUGAUGCACUAACCCCAAAAACGCAAAAGGAUACUCUGGAUUCCUUUCGUUCAGGGAAGGCAAAUUUACUAUUUACCACUGAUGUCGCUGAAGAGGGUACCGAUGUGCCAGAUUGUUCAUGUGUAAUCCGUUUUGAUUUGCCGAAAACAGCUCGUAGUUACAUUCAGUCUCAUGGCCGAGCUCGACAAGCUGGUUCUCAUUACGUUAUCAUGCUUGAACGUGGGAAUUUGCAACAAAGAGAUUUGUUAUUUGAUAUCAUCAAGAAUAAGCAUUCAACGGUUGACAUCGCAUUAAACAGAGACCAAGACUCCCUUGUAUCUAUAGUGUCUAUUAAUGAAGAUUUAGGUGCUUAUUAUGUUGAUUCAACUGGAGCAAGUGUUACUGCUGACUCUAGUGUCAGUCUCAUAAAUACAUAUUGUCAAAACCUUCCAAGAGACAAGUACUUCACUCCCAAACCAAUUUUCAGGUUCACUUUGGAUGGCGGGUACUAUGAGUGCACAAUAACUUUGCCUCCAAAUGCUGCAAUUCAGACAAUAGUUGGUCCAGCUAAUCAAAAUUCACAUGUAGCAAAAAAGCUUGCAUGCCUGGAGGCUUGCAAAAGACUACAUCAAUCAGGAGCACUUAAUGAUCAUCUUCUUCCUUGUGUUCAAGAGCACUUGGAUGAUGUGAAAGCUGAAAAAACUGGGGAAUCAGCUAAAGGAGCAGGAACGACGAAGAGAAAAGAAUUGCAUGGAAUGACAACUGCUCAUGCUAUGUCAGGAACAUGGGCACACCAAAAUGAUGGUAUUAUUCUGCAGGGAUAUAAGCUAAAUUUCUCGUGCAACCGGAUCGGCGAGAACUAUUCUGCCUUUAUCCUAUUAAUUGAUGCAAUUUUAGAUCAAGAUGUUGCUUGCAAGGAAAUAGAUCUUUACUUAAUUGACAAAAUGGUUAAAGCUGAUAUUUCUCCCUGUGGACCAAUUGCAUUGGAUAAGAAGCAGCAGGUAGACCAAGGAAAGCUUUUCCAGGAGUUGUUUUUUAAUGGUUUAUUCGGGAAGUUAUUUACAGGAUCCAAGUCAUCUGGGGUGUCAAGGAAAUUCUUACUUAGUGAUAAUAGAUCAUUGUGGAACACAUCAAAUAUGUAUAUGCUCUUACCUCUAGAUUCUUCUUGUGCUCACAAGCAUGAUAAAGUAAGCAUUAAUUGGAAGGCGAUAAGUGCAAGCGCUUCAGUGGUUAAAUUUAUGAGAGAAAUUUAUUCAUCUAGAGGACAAAACGGUCCAGUUGUAGAUUCCAAAUGUGGUUCCUCUGAGACAAGGGGUUCUAUGCCAGAUAUGAUCCACCUAGCCAAUCGCUUUGCAGAGCCUCAGAGUCUCAAAGGUGUGGUAGUUUUGGCAAUCCAUACAGGAAGGAUUUAUUGUGUUCUAGAUGUGGUUACUGGUUUGACUGCUGAUAGUCCAUUUGAUGGGAAUUCUCGGAAACAAUCAUCAGAUACUUGGACAUUCUCAGAGUACUUCAGUAAGAAGUAUGGAAUUGUGCUUCAACAUCCAAGGCAACCAUUAUUGUUGUUGAAGAGCAGUCACAAUCCUCAUAAUCUUUUAUCUUCAAAGUCUGGAACUGAAGGUAAUUUUGUACCGAAAAGAUCUAAUGGUAAGAAUGUGUCUCUAAAUCAUGUUCACAUGCCUCCAGAGCUUCUAGUUGAUAUUGAUGUACCAUACGAAGUCUUGAAAUCUUUUUACUUGCUACCUUCUUUGAUGUACCGAGUGGAAUCCUUGAUGUUAGCCUGCCAACUAAGGAAGGAAAUUUCUUUCUGUUCUAGCAAUCCUAUACCAAGCUUCCUGAUUUUGGAAGCAAUUACUACGCUGAGAUGUUGUGAAGACUUCUCCAUGGAGCGGUUGGAACUAUUAGGGGACUCCGUUUUAAAAUAUGCAGUGAGUUGUUCUCUCUUUCUAAAAUUUCCUGGGAAACACGAAGGGAAAUUGUCCUCCGACCGGAUAAAAAUAAUUCGUAAUGCCACUCUUCAUAGCUUGGGAACUAAACAUGGCAUACAGGGUUACAUACGUGAUGCUGCAUUUGAACCUCGUAGAUGGGUUGCUCCUGGACAUAUUUCAAUACACCGUGUUCCUUGUAAAUGUGGAUUAAAUGACAAUGAAGUGCCAAAUAUAAUUUUGGAUACAAUUAGUGACAAGUCUAUUGUGAUAGGAAAGGCAUGUGAUAGAGGACACAGGUGGCUCUGCUCAAAAACAAUAUCAGAUUGUGUCGAGGCUCUGAUAGGUGCAUAUUAUGUUGGUGGUGGGCUACCUGCUGCUCUUGCAUUUAUAAAGUGGCUAGGAAUUGAUACCGAGUUUGAGCCUGAUAUGGUUGAGGAGGCUAUAAGAACUGCAUCAGGUUGGACAUACCUUCCCAAAAUUCAUGAAAUAGAAACACUGGAAUCAAAAAUUGGCUACAAGUUUACUGUCAAAGGUCUUCUUCUGGAAUCUAUUACCCAUGCAUCUCAGCAAGAAUUAGGAGUCUUCUUCUGCUAUCAGCGUCUUGAAUUCUUGGGUGACUCAGUUUUGGACCUGCUCAUUACGUGGCAUCUCUUUCAGCGCCAUAAAGAUAUUGACCCUGGGGAAUUAACUGAUUUAAGAUCUGCAUCAGUAAAUAAUGAAAAUUUUGCUCAAGUAGCUGUCAGGCAUAAGCUUCAGCAGCACCUCCAACAUAAUUCUGGAUUACUUUUAGAGCAAAUAACAGAGUUUGUCAAGAGACUUGAGGAUUCAGAUGAAAACAAGUAUAUGCUUUUGUCAAAUGGUUCAUCUAAAGUACCUAAGGUCCUUGGAGACAUGGUUGAAAGUAUUGCCGGUGCCAUAUUGAUAGAUACAAAGCUUGAUUUAGAUAAAGUAUGGGAAAUUUUUGAGCCAUUACUCUCCCCAAUUGCCACUCCAGAGAACCUUGAGUUGCCACCUCUACGUGAACUUACUGAAUUAUGUAGCCACCAUGGUUACUUCUUGAAUACAACAUGCACAAAUGAGGGGGACAUGAAUGUUGCUGUUCUUGAGGUACAACUGGAGGAUGUUCUGUUGGUAAGGGAAGGUCGUGAGAAGAAUAAAAAAGCUGCAAAAGGGCAAGCAGCAUAUUUGCUGUUGAAGGACUUGGAAGAAAAAGGAUUUUUGCACUCCCGGCAUGCCUCCAAAGGGACACAAGCUGAAGAAAAGAUUGCAAGCCACAAAGAAUCUGUUGAAAAAUCUGGUAGUUUAAUGUUGGAUAUUGAGAUUCCUACGCCAGCAAAGCACGGUGAAGUAGUCAAUUCCAAGAAUGUUUCUGUUCCCAGCCCAGGUAAACCAGUGGCUUUGACAGUCAAAAUGCAAAAAGGUGGGCCUCGAACUGCACUGUAUGAACUCUGCAAAAGAUGUCAAUGGCCAAUGCCUAGCUUUGAAACAUUAGAGUGGAAGCCAAGUGGCGACCAGAUGAAUGAAUGUACCGAAGGGGGAGACGCCAACCGUCACAUGUUUGUAUCAGGCAUAACGCUGCAUAUACCAAAUUCCACCAUCAUCAAACGCAAGGGGGACCGGCGUCCUGAUAAGAAGAGUUCACAAGAUUCUGCAGCACUAACCAUGCUUUAUGAGCUUGAGAAACUGGGCAGGUGCCAGAUUGAGGUGCAACAACCGGCCGAAAGAAUUUCAUGAACAUUUUUGGUGCGUGUUGUGUGUGCGUUUGUGUGUGUGUGUGUAUAUAUAUAUAUAUAUAAUGACUUUUAUAGUCUGAGUAGACUUUACCAAUAAAAACUGUGUAUUUUGCCCCGAGUUGACAAGCAGAGGCAUUAUAGAAAGAGUAUAUAUAUAUAUAUAUAUAUAUAGAUAUAUAUACAGAGUAUUUUGCCCUGA